AUUCAGACAGCCAAGAUGCAUUCCUUUACCAUGUUUACUGUUUUCCUACUUAUGUGUGCCUUAUUUGCUGACGUUUCAUCCGGUUGGCUAAUAAUUAUGGGAGGAAACGAUAGAGGAUGCCCAUGGCGAGCCGGGGCUCAUCCUUUUUAUUUUGGGACGACUCACCUAGGUUGCAUCAUGAAACAUGGUAAAAAGGGACGAAAACGUAGUGCACCUUGGAGAGGAACGUGGGAUCUGUGGCAUCGUUUCAUUCAAUAUAGAGGAUUUUUUUAUGAUUUUAAAACCAACUCCAGAGUAUCCAUCGCUAGAAGUCGAUUAAAUGGACACUUGUGUCCUGGGGCUAGGGAACAGUACCCUGCUGGCUAUAGCGAACUAAGUCCAGAAUGUAUUGAAGGUUGCGCCAAAAAUUACAAAUGUCAAUUUGGUGAAUACAUCUUCCCGAUCAACAACUGUCAUAAUUUUGCAAACCGUCUGUCUGAAGUUCUGUGUAGAAGAGGUACAACGUGUCCCGGCUGGUGUAUGGGAGGCUGUAACGACGUGGAACAUAAUUAUUAACAAUUGAAUGAAGUCAUGUUUAUUUUUCUGCUUUUAUUUACUUGAUACAUGAACAUUUACAGACUAUAAAAUGUAUUUACUUGAUCAGUUCACAAAUUUUAUACUUUGUAUCCUACUUAUGUUCAUUUAUUGUGGCUGAAAUUGUGAGAAUCCGAUUAAGAAACAAAAACAGAAAGGAUUUUUAGAUUCAAUUCUUUUUCACGUCUUUUUUUUUCAAUAAUACAGUUAUUUGCAUUCCAAUGGGUACAUGUACCAAUUGGGUACCAAUAUACGAUAUAUUCCGAUAAGCCUGAAAUAAAAGAUAUAUCACAGAG